AUGGUUCAGAGACAGCUUUUCGUGAUCAUUGGAAUUACCGGCAACCAGGGAGGCUCGGUAGCACGCACGUUCCUGAAUGAUCCGGCACUUCAAAGCAGGUACCGCCUGCGUGGCCUAUCACGUACCCCAUCCUCGCCUGCAAGCCAGGAACUCGCAGGCCAAGGCGUCGAGAUGAUGCAAGCGGAGCUGCACGAUCCAGCAUCUCUUGCUCGUGCAUUCGAAGGGGCCAAUGUAAUUUUCUCGAUGACCGAUUUCUGGGCACCAUUCUUCGAUCCUUCCAAUCAUGCCAAAGCUCAAGAAGCCGGCAAGUCGAUAGGCGAGCUUGCAUACGAGCUCGAAUAUGAGCAAGGCCGCAACAUUGCGGACGCAGCUGCCAAUUGUCCCUCAUUGGAGCGCUUCGUGGUGUCCAUGCUCGUGAGCCCGAAGAAAUGGAGCAAAGGCCAUCUGAGCAAGCUAUGGCAUUACGAGAGUAAGGCAGACAUGAUGACAUACAUCGAGUCCAACUAUCCUCAGCUUCAUGCCAAGUACAGUGGACUGGACUUGGGCAUCUUUUAUCAAUCCUGGAAAUGGUUCGUCCCCAUAAUCGCACCGCAGAAGGGUGGGCAUGGCGUAUUCGUGCUCCGACGACCGGGAAAUGGAGAGAAACCAGUACCCAUGGUCAACCCAAGAACAGACACCGGCCCAUAUGUCAGAGCUUUGCUCCAAAAGGAGCCUGGGGUCCACCUCUGUGUAGGCACUUACCUGGGCAGCUGGAAAGAGUGGCUUGAGCUCUGGGGCAAGAUCAAGAACAAGCCAGUACGCUACGAAGUCGUAAGUAUUGAGCACUACGAGGAGACGCUCUCGAAGGCUGGCCUUCCGCCCACAUUUGGUACAGAAAUCGGUGAAAUGUUUCAGUGGAUGAACGAUUAUGGCCACGACGGAGGUGAUCCUGAUGUGACGAGGAGGGAAGAUUUAGGUAUUGAGAUCCCUGGUCUGAACUAUGUGGAGGACUAUAUCAGGGACGAGGAUUGGUCCUCUAUUGGAGCAUGA